CCGCCCCUUUCCUCCCCCCCGCAGGGUAAAGUGCUGCGAAGUUUCCUAUACAAAGUUAAGAGGCGUCCGCAGCCUUCCUUUUCUCCACCUUCUAAAAAAACUUCCAGAUCCGAGAGCCCCCUAGACUAAGACGUCUUCUGUUCCUUCCAGCCCCCCAUCCGAUUCGGGGUCUGCAUCCCUAGGAGGCCCCGCUGACCCAACGCCCCGUGGCAUGAGCCAGAAUGACUGACAAUUCAGACUCCCGGGAGUCGGACAACAACAGCUGGGUGAUUGCCGGCUCUGAGGCUCUACCUGUAGAAGACCUUGGCUUGGAAACGCAGGCUGGGUCUGAGCCGGCCCAGGAAGAGACACAAGCCCCUCUCGACGAAAGCAAAACCCUCGUCGACCGCCCUGAUGCAGACGGCGCCAGUCAGAAGGGUCCUGGGGUGGUGGUGGACCCCAGUUCUGAAGAAACCCCCACAGUAGUCAAGACCCCAGAGGCUGUCCUGUCGCAUGCAAAGGAGGCCAGCACCUGCGAGGCUGAGGAAGGAUCUGUGCCUGUCCCACAGGGAACUGUCUUCAUUCACAAAGCAGGCCCUUUGGGGGAGGAGGAAGGGAACACUUCCAGCAGUGGGGAAGAGGCGUCCAAGGAGCGUGACGUCGAAGGCCUGCGCAGGCGCAAGGGUUGGGACGCGCCCCCCGUUCUGCCAGGGGCCGGCAGAGAUCGAGGCGCGGAGGCCUUCGAGGGCGACGACGGUGGCCUUCCCAGGACAAAAUGGCUGUUCGGGUUCCUUGCCCUCUUAGGUUUGGCCUUGUUGGCAUCCUUGGGGGUCAUAUUUGACCAAGAUGAUGGCCCAGUGGACAUUUUCAGCACCUGGUCAAGCUCAGACAGUGAAGAGCCCCUUCCUGGCUCUGUUGGGGUGCAGGAUUGGCCAGCUUCGCCCCCACGGGAACCCCCGGUUGGCGAGGAGCUUCAGAGAGCCAAGGAAGCGGUGAUGUCAUCAGAUGGUGACCGCCAGAGCCUGGAUGCCAUGGGACUCUUGCUAGACAAGCUGGCCAAGGAGAAUCAAGACAUCCGGCUUAUGCAAGCGGAACUGCAGGCCCAGAAGGAGGAACUGCAGCUGCUCCUGCGCAAGACGGAAGGUGAGGCGCUGGACUUCACCUCUCAGCGGCAGAAUUUGGCCGCCGAGAACUCCAGGCUGGCGGAGGCGCUGAAGCGGGAGACGGCCUCCCUCCUCGCCACACGAGCCGAGCUCCAUCUUUUGCAGGAGAAGCUGGCCGAGGCGGGCGACUCCAAAUCCCAGCCGCGCCCGGAAAAGCUGCCCUCGCAGGACCGCCAGCGGGAAAAGGCAGAGAGGCCCGAGGCCGAAAUCCGCCGCCUGCGCUCCUUGCUGGCGUCGGUGCGGCGGGACUUGGGGAGAGCCUUCCAGAAGGUUCCGCCCGGCAACGUGUCCGAAGGGCUCCGGAAGGAACUGGACGGCGUGGAGCGGAGGGUGGCCCAGGAGCUGGAGGGGGCAGAAGAGGGGGCCAAACCGUCCUGGAAAGAUGGCCAUAAAGCCAAGCGAGGCAAGGAGAGAGCCUGGCACAAAAGGCACGAUGGCCACGAGGAGCGCAAGCCCACACACCACGGCGAAGGCCCGGAGAAGGAACACCGUCCUCCGUACAAGGCUCCCAAGAUGGGCAACGACGGGCCGCACCGUCCCAGGAAGCACCAGGGGCCGCGAGACGCCAAGUCGGCCAAAGACGGGGAGCACCGGAAAGCCAAGAAGCCCGCUGAGCCCGGUGCGUUGUGGGAAGCGCUGGCCAAGCACCCGUACCGGCCUCCUCAGGGCUGUGCCGGCGUCGGCGAGUGCGCCCGGCAGGAAGGGUUAGAGCCAGUGCAGAAGCCGCGCUUCUUGCCCAUGCUCCAGAGCUACCUGGCUGGGCUGGGCUGGGCCGAGCACUACGGAGGACUAGUGGCCGCCCUCGAGGGCUACUUUGGGAACGACGGGGCUUUUGCCCACGACCGCCUGAGCUUCGUGGAGCUCCUGGAUGAGGUUGAGGACGCGCUGGAGGAGCUGGCGGAACAGCUGGGGGGCAGCGAAGAGGAAGCGGAUAAUUUCGAGGAGGUGAUCCUGAGGCAGCUGGGCGCUGCCCCUGCGGGCAGAUUCGCGCAGCGGGACAGCAGCGCCCAGCGCCACCCGAAGGAGAGGAACCCCGAGGGACACGGGCGCAAAAACGGGCGAGAGAGCACCAGCUGGCCCCAUGGCUAGGAUGGCAGGACCCGCCAGUACUAAUCUGGCUCAGGGUGGGAGGGUAAAGGAGUUGGGCCUAUCAAGGAUCACUUGAUGUCCCGGUGGAGGGGUUGGUACCGUUACUCCUUGGCAGGGAA